AUGAUUGUCGGUGCAGAAGGUUCAACUGCACGGGGACAGGGAUUCAAGUUUGCUGAAAAAACAGUAAUUUGGAUCAAAGUUGGUGAUGAGACGGUCGCCAAACAGUCCCUCACUGCAUCAUCAUCAAUAAGGCGGACGGCCGUAGUCUCAGAUCAUUUUGCAGCAUCAAAAAGAUAUUCGCGUAAGAGAGAGAAUCGAAAAAGAGAGAAAAAGAUGAGGAAGUUCGAUCCAUGGCCAGUUUUCUUCAGGAGAGAAUGGAACCGUAACUGGCCUUUCCUUGUUGGCUUUGCCAUCACUGGCACUAUCAUCACCAAAUUCUCUCUCGGCCUCACCGGUAACGCCGCUUCCUUUCCUCACUCUUACGAUUUCAGAUCUGACCUAGGAGGAUGCGAAAAAUUCUCCUUUCGUGCAGAGGCACAGAAAGCACUGAUGUUAACAAAUCCAGUCCAAGAUGAGCUGGCUUCUGGUGAAUUUGGAAAUGUGCUCUCCAGGUGCCAGAUCAAUGCUCAUUUUGAAGGCAUUUAG